AUGGAUUCCUCUGGAUCAAAUGGAUAUUUCCAUAUAUUGCUGGGUUCAUUAACUGCUAUACUUCUGCCAUUAGCAAGUAUUUUACAGUGUGGCAUAAGAAGAAAAACCCAAACACCAACAACCACAACUGUUACAACAGAAUCUGCAGACAUCAAACAAGGAGAACCUCAUAAAAGUUAUAAAGAAAAGCAAAAUGAAGGAAAAGAGGAGAAAAAAGAGGAAAUAAGCAAAAAAAAAGAGCAAACAAGUGAAAUCAAAAAGAAAAAGGAAGAGGUGAUCAAAACCAAAGAAGAAAAAUCGAAGAAGGAGAUUAUCUCCGCGAAAAAAGAAGUAAAAAAGGCAAAAAGUUCCAAGAAGGAUGAAGGUGAAGGAAAAGAUUCUAAGAAGGAAAGCCAAACCCAAUCUGUAAAAGUGAUAAAGCAAGGGAAAUCAGAAGAAAAAACAAAAAAGGAGGAAAGAAGCGAGGAAGACGAAGAUGAAGAAGGAGAUGAUGAGAAGGAUGAAAAGGAAUAA